AUGGUGCUGCUGACGGUGAAGGGCACAACGUUCCCAGACGAGUUUGCCUUUGAGUGCACAGCCUCAACGGACAUUUCCCCCGAACUGGCGCAGCAGAUAUGCCACAUGCAGAACGCCCGUCAUCAGGUGAGACUGCAGCUUCUUUCCGCCCGCGAACUCAUCGAUGAGGCGCGGCGAAAGUGGAAGUCUGACGUUGCUGGUGCUCGCGUUGACACGUUGGCAGCCUACGAGUGCAUGAUUGAAGAGACAUACACUCGCCUAAAGGACAAGAGCACACCCGUCACAGUGGAGGAGUUUGACUGCUACGCCGAGAAGCUGCGGAAGAUGACUGAGGAUCUCUUCCCCGAGGAAUGCAGUGUCCCUGGUGGCGGCCGUGACGCCGCUAUUGAGUCCCUCUACCAGCUACAUGACAACCCCGACAUCGACGAGGACCAUCGUCUCGUUAUCUACCACUGCCGUGCCAUCCUUGACCCACAGUGGAAGAAGCAGGAGCUGCAGCGUGAGGACCAGGUCGGGCUGUGGUUCUGUGGCAAGCUAAUGGAGGGGACCAUCGCAAAGUACUCUGGAAAGAACGAGAAGAGCCGUCUGACGGUGAAGGUACACCCGAAGGAUGGUGCCCCGCCGAGCAUUGAGCCGCGGAUGAGUUAUGACGACCAACGCGUGCUCUUUGAGCGGCUGCGGCAGCGGCGUGAGGAGUACAAAACCCUCGAGGACUCAGAGCUGCGGGACCGGGUGUUGGCACAGUCGCGUGGCCGAGUGGUGUUGGACGUUGCUGCUGCAACAGACAGCAUCAAGGUUGACACCUCACGGAUGCGGACGAUUCGCCCCCAAAAGGAAGAGAAAGAAGUCGUCUGA